AUGUCGUAUAAUCGCUUCUCAUCAAUAUUACGUUGCUGGCACUUUGUUGAUAAUGAAGCUCCGAGGGAUCAAAACGAACGUCUGUACAAAAUAAAACCACUUUUGAACCUUGUUAUCAACAACUGGAAGAACUUAUUGACACCUAAUGAAUUUAUCGUCAUUGACGAGUCGAUGAUGCCAUUUAGAGGGAGGAUAUCUUUCCGUCAGUACAACUCAUCAAAAACUCACAACUACGGCUUGAAAAUCUAUAAACUUUGCACAGAAGAUGGUUUUGUCUGGAACUAUGACAUUUACAUAGGUCGCGACCCCGAGAUCGCUGAUUUGGAUAAGCCGGGAAGCGUCGUAGUUCAGUUAUGUGAUGGUCUUCUAGAAGCUGGACGGAUAAUUGUGUGCGACAAUUGUUACAAUACCGUUGAAUUAGCAAAAUAUUUGCUGCAGUAUGCUGUCUGUCUUAUGAGACAGACUUAUGCGGCACUUUGCGAGUAA